CAUCUUUUCAAAAUGUCAAGCGAGGUAGUUAGCCAAAGCGCCGUCGCGGUGAAUUUAGAGGAUCUUAGGAAGGGAAAUGUGGAUUUCUCAACCUUAGAGGAAGCCUUUGGCCCCUCAUCACUAGGUAUAAUCGUUGUCAAAGGUCUACCCGAGAAGUUCGUAGAGCUACGACACAAGCUUCUCUCAUACUCGUCCUAUCUGGCCAAUCUUCCCGCAGAAGAACUAGCCGCCCUCGAAUCCCCCGACUCCCACUACCUCGUCGGCUGGUCCUGCGGCAAAGAAACCCUCAAAUCCGGCAUCUACGACACCCUAAAAGGCUCCUACUACGUCAACCCGGCCCCCUCCUUCUCCGACCCCUCCGUCCAGUCCUCGGUCGCCGAAAAAUACCCCUCCUUCCCCGAAUACACCGCCCCCAACGUCUGGCCUCCCACCACUCUCCUCCCCACCUUCGAAAGCACCUUCAGAGAAUUGUGCGAGCUCAUCAUCGACGUGGCCGUGUUAGUAGCCCGAGCAUGCGACGUCUACGCUCUCGAGAAAGUCGGGGGUUACGAGAAGGGGUAUCUGGAGCACGUCGUCCGCACCUCCGUCUCCACGAAAGCGCGACUGCUGCACUACUUCCCGCCCCCGGGGUCCCCCACGACGACAGCGGCAGGGAAAGCGGACCCAGCCGACGACGAUGACGACUGGUGCGCCACCCACCUCGACCACGGCUGCCUCACCGGCCUCACCUCUGCCAUGUUCGUCGACGAGGCCGCAAACCCCCCCGUCCUCCCCCCCUGGUCCCCCGCCACCUCGCCCCCGCUGCCGCUGCCUGAACUCCCGUCCUCCCCUGACCCGGCUGCGGGGCUGUACAUCCGCUCCCGCACCGGCGCAGUGACGAAAGUCGGGAUCCCGCGCGACUGUCUGGGGUUCCAGACGGGGGAAGCGCUCGAGGUGAUCACGCGGGGGAAGUUCAAAGCGGUGCCACACUUCGUGCGGGGCGCGAGCUCCAAGGGGGGCAAAGUAGCGCGCAACACGCUGGCGGUGUUCACGCAGCCGAAUUUGUGGGAGAAGGUGGAUGGGGAGAAGGACUUUGCGGCGUUUGCGAGGGAGAUCGUUGCGAGGAAUCAUUGAUUUAGAUUGAACGGAGAGCCGCAGGAAAGGAGGAUGGUGUGGUGUAUUUACUGUAGUUAGGGGAUAGUACAUAAGCAUAGAUUGAUACAAGGGCUUUGAGUUCACGUGUAGAGUAGAAGAGUAAGAAAUGCGGACAGUUACCUAGUCUGUCUACAUAUUUCAUGCGUCUAGCCCAC